AUGAUCGUCCUCGUGCUCGGUGUCGUCGUCGUCGACGAAGACGACGACUGUAGCGGCAGUGACGGCUCAAGUUCGUCGUCGGGCUGUAGUUCGUCAGCUACUUGUGAGCUGUACGAUCUGGCAACGGCGCACGCACUUCUUGCCCGGCAACAGCAGCUGAUCCAACAAGCAAAUUUUCCACUGAUUACGUCGGCGGAGCUCGUUCAACAGCUGGCUCAUCAUCAACAACUGCAACAAUUGCAGCAUCACAUACAAGGAAUUGUGCACCAUAACUUAGUUGGCGACAUGGCACUCGUGUCGCAUCCGGCGACAGCGGCCGCGGUUGGCGCGGCUCCAAUGUAUGCCGGUAAUGUUGUGAAACAGGAGAAGAAGUCUCAAGUCCCGACACCGCAUCAAGUACUGGCAAUGCAACAACAGCAAUUACCCCAGAGCGGUAUCAGCACCCGAUCAAGUGAUAAGGCACGCGAAUAUCACGCGAUUGUUCAUCCGGGCGGCUGCACUCUCCCAUUCUUGCAUUUCUCAUGUGUGAUCGUCGCUCUUUAUGUUGUGAUGGAGACGCCCGGCGCAUGCCGCGCUGUGUACUUUACCUACCCUCAUCCUCGUGGGCCAGCCGAGAGUCGUUUUCGUUGUCGUCCUGCUGGCUCAUCUGCCGUUGACUUUGCUCGGUUUUUCGGAAUUCCGGGAUGUUUUUUGGGGUUCAGACUUGCUCCCGACCAGAUCUGCUUUGAUGGUGUUUGA